CUCACGCCUCGUCCAACGUCUCGCAUCCCACCCCAUUCCAUUCCGUCCUCCCCAAUUCUCCCUCGUAUCGUCGUCGUCGUCGUCACCCCACUCAGGUCUCGUCUCAUGUCAUGCAACCAACGCAGCGUGCGGCGCCACACAAUCACAUCCCCGGCCGGUCGGCUCGCGCUAGCCCUAUAUAUCAUCCUCAUCCUCGUUCUCUGACCAGCACUGAUCACCUCUGAUCAUCCCUCCCCCGGCCGUCUUCCCGAGCUAAGCUGUAGCAGCUAGCUGUUACGAGCUCCACGCGUGCACGUGCUGUGAUCACCUGGCUGGCUGCUAGUUCUCUACUCGAGGCGACGCCCUGAUCGACGCCGCGCGCGUGCCGUGUGCCGUGGGACGCGUGGCCAUGGUCGCCGCCGCCGCCGGGUGCAGCAGGCGGCGCCGCUGCAUCUGCUGCGCGGCCGCCAUGUACAUCCUCCUGCUCCUGCCCGUCGUCGUCCUCGCGUCGUCCGCGUCAUCCGCGGCGACGGCUGACGGGUCGUUCAUAACGUGGGACGACCUUAGCAUCCCGACCGCCGCCGCCGUGCAGGCAGGCGGCGUGGGAGGAGGCGGCGUGAAGGCGGCCGCUAGGGGCGGAUCCCACGACCUGGACACGAUCGUGGUGUCGCAGGACGGGACGGGGCACUCGCGCACAGUGCAGGGCGCCGUCGACAUGGUGCCCGCCGGCAACCGCCGCCGCGUCAAGAUCCUCGUUAGGCCCGGCGUGUACAGGGAGAAGGUGACGGUGCCGAUCACGAAGCCGUUCGUGUCGCUCAUCGGCAUGGGCAGCGGGCGCACGGUGAUCACGUGGAACGCCAGGGCAUCGGACAUCGACCACCGCUCCGGCCACCAGGUCGGCACCUUCUACUCCGCCUCCGUCGCCGUCGAGGCCGACUACUUCUGCGCCAGCCACAUCACCUUCGAGAACUCCGCGCCGGCGGCGCCGCCGGGGGCCGUGGGGCAGCAGGCGGUGGCGCUGCGGCUGUCCGGCGACAAGACGAUGCUGUACAGGUGCAGGAUCCUGGGGACGCAGGACACGCUGUUCGACAACAUCGGCCGCCACUUCCUCUACAACUGCGAGAUACAGGGCUCCAUCGACUUCAUUUUCGGGAACGCGAGGUCCCUGUACCAGGGGUGCACGCUGCACGCGGUGGCGACGAGCUACGGCGCGAUCGCGGCGUCGCAGCGGAGCUCGCCGGCGGAGGACUCCGGGUUCUCGUUCGUGGGGUGCAGGCUCACCGGCUCCGGCAUGCUGUACCUGGGCAGGGCGUGGGGCCGCUACGCCCGGGUGGUCUACUCCUACUGCGACCUCAGCGGCAUCGUCGUGCCCCAGGGCUGGAGCGACUGGGGCGACCGCUCCAGAACCAAGACGGUGCUGUUCGGGGAGUACAACUGCAAGGGCCCAGGGGCGAGCACGAGGCAGCGGGUGCCUUGGUCCCGCUCGCUCACCUACGACGAGGCGCGGCCGUUCCUCGGCCGGAGCUUCAUCAACGGCGAGCAGUGGCUCAGGCUGUAGAUCCAUCCUGCUGGCUGCCGCCGUUCCUCGGCCGGAGCUUCGUCGACGGCGAGCGGUGGUCCGAGCUGUAUGUAGAUCCUGCGAGUUCUUCAGUCUUCUUCAGUGCAGAUAGUGUCAGGAGCAGCUAGUCAGUAGACAUGUACCCUGUACCAUAUACUAGUAGUACCAUGUACAAACCUGGCACCCAUAUAUAGUGAGAUACUGAGAUGGCGCUGCCCAUCAUGGCAAGGUACAGAGUUUGCAUGUAUGUGAAGGAAAACAGGGGAGGCCAAAGUCCGUCAUGUGAACAUGUGAUACGCUUCAGGCCCAACGUACCAGAAAAUCAAAAUGAUGAGAUCA